GAGGAGUGGCACAGAGAGUCAUUGAUCUCCUGUAAUGCUCUCAUUUCCUCCUGUGCUGGUUCUCCCUCCUGUAUGAAGGUAUGCAGUAUUUAUUUAGAGGGCAGAGAGUAUUGUAGGUCGAGGCCUCCCUGUGGGUUGUGAUACACUCCACUGUGUAGCUGCACUGGAAACUGAGCCUGCAUCUCAUUGUUACCUGUGAGGGUGGGAAGACUUCGUCAGCCCGGGAGAGGCAGCUGCCACAUCAGCUAACGGCAUCUCAUGUAAUUCUAUCCGGAAAACCAGAAACCAGUGGAAACUAAAAAAUAAAAAGACUAGAGAACUUCCAGUUCCAGUGACGUUCCAUCACUGCUCCUGUGGAUUCCAGAUGCCUAGCAGCAAUGUUUUCCUAUAGCAAUGGAUGAGAUUAUGGACAGAACCUGAACACUGACCUUUAAUUUUGCAUGGAAGCCAUUGACCGGUGACCAUCAGGAUGCUGCAGUCCGUUGCGAGCAGUCGCUGCAUGCGGCUGAUUGACAGGAACCGUCCGGCCUGGUAUUUUGGUUUUCUGGUGGUCAGUUACAUCCUCUAUCUGAUAUUUGGGGCAGCGAUCUUUUCCUCACUGGAGUUGCCCUAUGAAGACCUGCUCCGAAGGAAGUUGUUGGAGGUGAAGCGACAAUUCUUAAUUGAGAAUGAGUGUAUGUCGGAGGGGCAGCUGGAGGUGUUUUUGGACAAGGUCCUGGAGGCCAACAACUAUGGGGUGUCCAUACUGAAUAACGAGACUAGGAAUUGGAACUGGGAUUUUAUGUCGUCGCUGUUCUUCGCCAGUACGGUAUUGUCUACCACAGGUUACGGUCACACGGUUCCUUUGUCGGAUGCAGGGAAGACGUUCUGCAUUCUGUAUUCUGUCGUCGGCAUCCCCUUCACCCUGCUCCUGUUUACAGCACUGGUUCAGCGGAUCAUCAUCUAUGUUACCAGGAAGCCUGUCCUCUACAUUCACCUCCAUUGGGGUUUCCCGAAACACAUUGUGGCCAUUGUCCACGCACUUAUUUUGGGGUUUCUCACCAUCGGCUGCUUUUUCCUCAUACCCGCUGCUGCGUUUUCUGUACUGGAGGAAGAUUGGAAUUUCCUGGAGUCCUUUUAUUUUUGUUUUAUUUCGUUAAGUACCAUCGGAUUGGGUGAUUAUGUUCCAGGGGAGGCCUACAACCAGAAAUUUCGCCAUCUCUAUAAGUUCGGAAUCACAUGCUACUUGCUACUGGGUCUCAUUAUGAUGCUGGUCGUCCUGGAGACAUUCUGUGAACUUCAGGAGUUGAAAAUGUUCCGUAAACUGUUUUAUGUGAAGAAGACAAAAGACGAGGAUCAGGAGAACAUAGUAGAGCAUGACGAGCUGGCCUUCUCCUCCAUCUCCGACCAAGUUGACUCAUUCAAGGAGGAACACAAACUCAGCGAACCGUUUGUGGCUUUACAACCAGUGGUUAAUUACACAAAUGAUGGCUCUAUAAAUAAUGAAUAGUAAAGCCGAGGACGAGCGAGGGCUCCACAGGGGGCUGCAUACCUUGAUUUCAAAUCUUGCACAAGUCGGCCUAUUUAUCAGUUCCUGGUACCACUGUUAAGCCAUUUAUGCACAUAUUUAUACCAUUUUGCAUUGACCGACACUAAAGGACCUUUUACAUGGGCUAAUCGGGAACCAAUGUUUGUGGAACAUUUGUAUAUUUCAUCAUUGGCACAUGUAAACUUCCCCCAUUGAGGCGGAUUCUCGUUUAUCAGUUGAUCAUAUCUUUUAUACGGGUAUAAACAUAUGAUGUAAAUGAACGGCCGCACUAACGAUCAUAACUAUGAUCGAUCGUUCAUGCACCCAUUCAUUCAGGCAACUACCUGCCCAUGUAAAAGGUCCUUAAACGAGUGCUAAAUAUUCAAAUGGUGCUUAUUAUGAGCAAAAGUCCAGGUGCUUUUACAUACAGGCACAAGCUUUGAAUUUGGCCAGCUGACAUAUAUUAGGCUACCUGCACACAUUGUAGAUUACGUGCAUUUUUUUCCAUGCAGUAAAAAUGAAGUACCAGCAAAGUUAAUGAGAUUUGAUAGAUCUCAUCUACACUUUGCGUCAAUUGUUUCUGCAGAUUUGUAGAGCGGAUUUCACCCUGUGCAAAACAAAGGGUGAGAUUGGUGCACAUUCGCAUCAAAGUCUGCAACAAAAUUCACAAAUAACACAUGCGGAUUUAGGUGCAGAAACUAAGGUGCUGAGAAAGCUGCACAGAAAAUCUGCCUGUAAACAUGUACCCUUAGGCCCCGUGUGCAGGCCGCAAUGCACAAACACAGUCCGUGGGGCAGCCACAGCGGAUCGCGGACCCAUUCCGCGUUCCGUGAAUCCCUGCACGGCCACAGCUGCAUCUCCUCAUCGUACAGAUAACAACAUUCGGGGGUGGGGGAGGUCGGUUCUAGCCAAUAGCAGGCUGCGCCGGUGACUUACUCUUCUAGCUUCACGUGAGACGUCACUGCCUUUGCCUGCUAUUGGCUGCACCCCCUAUCACCGAAUGUAGUGAUCUGCACGACAGAGAGCUGCAAGGAUUCAGAAGGACGCAGGGGUCGGAAACCAGGUAAGUAUGUUCUGUAUGAGGGACCCUGGAAUUUCAGGGGAUGUUUACAGGAUCAGAUAACCUCUUUAAAGUGAGUAGAUUUUAUUGCAGAAAUUUCGGAAACUUAAAAACUAUUCCAUACAUUUAAAUAGAACUUACAGAAAUCCCUGUGCCUGCCGUCACUAUAAUCCCAUUCAAAUGAAUGGCACUGAUUUUAAGUCUGCCUCAUGUGAGGGCAUCCCUAGCCCUAUGCAGAAUAGUAUGUAUGAUAAGAAAUUGCUUCUUCCUAUCCCCAAAAUAGAGGGCAUGGAAAGACAUUAACACACAAAAUACAAAUUAUACAAGGGGUGCAGAGUACCAAGAGAAUAGCAGAGUAUCUUCCUCUGAUACCAUAAUGGGCCUACAAAGAUCCAGGAGUAAAAAAAAAACAUUUACCGUAUUUUUCGUUUUUAUAAGACACACUUUUUUCCCUCCAAAGUGGGGGAAAAAAGUCACUGCAUCUUAUAAAAUGAACAUGACGCAAAUAAGGUGGCUCAGGAGCUCUCACUAACGGCUCCUGAGCGGUCUGACGGCUUCAGUUACUGCGCUCUGCUGCCGCCAGCCCACGCUUCAUUAGAUCGACUGAUUGGUGGCGAGUGCAUCCUGCUACCCACACCUCCACCAAUCAGCCUCCUUCCUAUCUCCCGCUGUACCAUCUCUGCAGUGUACAGCGGUUUUGUGGAUCUAGUUCCUGGGCGGGUCGAGCUCAGGGGCUAUAAAUGUGUGUCAUAAAUGACUAUAACCCCCCUCAUCCAUAGGUAUCCACUCAUAUACUGCAGUAUAUGAGUUGAUUCCUAUGGAU